UUUAGCGGAAAUUUUAAAUAUCAAAUUCAAAAAUUUGUCAAUAAAAAUUCUUAUUUAUAAAAAUAAAUGAAAAGCUCUUUAAAGAAAUAAAGCAACAUAGGUUCUUAAACGUUAAAUUAAAAAUAGGAUUAAUACACUAAAUUUUAGUAAGGAGGUAUAUAAGAAUUUAAAUAAAAUGUGAAUUAAUAAACUAAAAGCGAAAUAGGAUCUUUUUUACCGUUUAAGGGUAGGAAAGAGAGGUCAAAGUUAAGAAUAGCUUAGAUAUAUUCAGAUAAUAUUUAACAUAAAGAUCCGCAAUAACAACCAUUAAAUUAGUAAAAUGGAAAAAGUCUUUAAAGAUAAAAUAAUUAAGUUAAUCCAAAUUAAGUUAAUACAUAAAUUUAAAGCACUAGUGCUUAGUAGUAGUCAUAGGAAAAUAAAAUUAAUUUAGCUAAUUCUAAUACGAUACCAAAAGAAUAUAAUUCAAAUUCAAACGAUUUAUAGGUAAAAAAUAAUAUAAAUGAUCAAAUUAAAGUAAACAUAAUAAAAGCACCUUUGGCUAAUACUAAUCAAAAUACAUAAGAUAAUAAAAAAGAUUAUGAAAGCAUUAAUAAAUAGUAAAACAUUAAGCAAUGCACUGACGGAUAAGUUAAAGAUAGCUUUUAAUUAUUGUAAGAUAACAAACAAAAAAAGCUGAAUGAGCACAAUAAAUUGGAUAUUAAAAAAGCAGAUAAUUCUAUCAAAGAGAUUGCAAAAAAUGAUUAAUAAUUUCCUUUUGAAUACAAACUAUAGAACCGCAGAAGAUCAAGCUAGAAAAGUAAAUUAGAUAUAAGUAUUAACAAAAGUAUAGCAGAAAUAAAUGAAGGAUACUAAGAAAGAGAUUUAGAAAAGGAGUAAUUUGAUAUUCGUAAAUUAGUAAAAAACAAUCAAAUUUUAGAUAAAGAAAAUUUUUAAAAUGGGCAAGUUAAUAAGGAUGUAGAAGAUAAAAUUUUUAACCCUUAGCUUUCUAACUAUAAAGGUGAUAGAAUACAAGAUAGUUUUACAAUAACUGUGCAUACAAAGUAUGUAAAGCAGAUACAAAUUACAUCAGUGAUUAACUUUGAAACAGUCAAUUAAAUUGACCCAGAAUUAAGGUUGUAUCAUUUACUUUUUGAUUUAAUAGAUAACACAGAAAAGACCAUUUAAUAAGAAUAUACUUAGUGUCCAGAAUUUUUAUAUUAUUUAAACGUCCUCAAUAACAUUGUCAAAACGUCUUUCUCCAAAAUAGCUACAAAUAGAAGAAAAAGUAUAAUAAUAGAAUAGCAGUAAAAAGUUAAAGAGUGUUUAUUUAAUAAAUGGGAAACAUCAAAGUAAAGAGUGAUAAAUCAAAUGAUUGAAAAGUACUUAAAAAAAUAUGAUAAAUUUAAAAGAAUAGAUGAGAAGUUAGAGUAAAGUAAGGAAUAUAAUUAUCUCAAAAGAACUAUCACAGGACUUAUCUCUCAGUAAAAUUCUCUAUCUAUUCCUCAAAAAAUAAUUUACUCAAAAAUUGAAGAGCAGCAAAAAUUAAAUAUUUAAGAAAUUGAAAAAUAGAAGAAUUAAGCUUUAAUGAAACCCGUUGUUGAUGGAUUAGAAUUGAUUAAAAAGGGAUAAGAGCAUAUAAUUGAUUAAUAAAAUAAAAUGUCUAAAUCCUAUGAAAAACUUACUAAAAUAAUCUUCCAUGACUGGAAAUAAAUAGAAUCUUUCGAUGAAUUUGCAUGGCUUCAAGAUCAAACAAAUUAAACUUAAAUUUAGUGA